AUGAUGUCCAUCUUCCUCGUUCCCCUCCUGUCCCCGCUCACGGUCCGUUUCGCCCACCGCAACACACAUGUGGACGAAGCCUACUCAGAUAGCGACGACGUGUUCGCUGUCCUCGCCAACCUUUCCCGACUGUUUGAGCCAGCAUGGCGGCCCCUCCCCGGCACAGCAGUCAAGCGGAUGGUCGUCAACACCUGGACGCACCCGGGCGAUAGAUUCGAGGACAAGCGCAAGAUGCACCCUCACGCGAUGUGGGGCACCCAGGGGCUCGCAUGGGACCUUGGCGCCUCCGCCGACGAGAUCCAUCCCCGGGGGGGGGGGGGCUGUGUUUGUUUCCAGCCGGCCGAGCAGCCUACCCACGCUCACGAUGGACACCCGCCGAAUGGUGGACGCAAGUGGGGCCACGACAACAUGGUCCCCACCAUCACGAAUCACGUCAUCGACCGGAUGCUCACAGGGAUUGUGACGACGUUCGUCAGCCCCUUGACGUUCCGACAGGUGCCUUGGGAAGCAGACGCUAAUGAGAGCGACGAUGACGACGGCGACGACGAUGGCGACGGCAGCGUCGACGGUCUCGCCGCAUGGCCCGAUUGGGGCGCCGAGCGCGACUCCACCAAGGCCAGCACAUUCCGCAGCAAUGCUAGGCUUCGGGUUUACAGUGUUCGGCUCUACCCGGAAGUCCUUAUCAAUAUCCCCGAGGACGGCCUCGAGGGCGACGAGAAAUCACAGGCCGACCACGAUUACGACGAGGGUUCACAGGAAGCCCUUGAGGGCGAAGACGAUUCGCAGGACGGGCUUGAUGACGAGUACAGCUCCGAAGACGACUCCGAAAACGACUCCGAGGACGAAGACGUCGAUGCGGAUGAAAUCCUGGUCCGGAUCCGGUUCAUGGGGCUCGACGAGUGCCGUGCCGGUACGGAGCGACUGGGGUCCAAACGUCCUCCAUGCGAGGGGAAGUAA